ACAGCAGAGUCCUGUAGAACUGCAGCUGGAGUUACUGAUGUUACAUAAUUGUUUCCAUAGCAACGGCUUCAGAGCUGGGCAGGGCCAACAUGUUGGACACUGAAGACUGUUUAGACCUAACCCUGCAACAUGUAUGACUCUGGAUGAUCGACAACACAUAAAAAAGACAGUGAGACAAAGAGUGUCAGACAACUGGAGAAUCAACAAGACAGACAGACAGACAGACAGACAGACAGACAGACAGACAGAGACAGGUGGAUGCAGAGGACGGACAGGUGCUGCCAUGUCUUGCAGAAAGAAAUCAUUUUGGGAGUUUUGGAGGAGUAAGACGGAGAGAAGAGUUAUUCUUCAGAGAGCCAAUCAGCUGAAACUUCUUCCUUCACAACUGAAACAAUUGCUAGGUGACAGAGUUGUUCGGACGGAGCUGCAGAACACUAGGACAGCAUCUCUACUGCCCCCGGUUGGUACGGAGGUCUUCAGAUGCUUCGUGCAUGAAGCACAGGAGGAAGAGCAAGAUACCAGGAAGAAAGACAAAGAGUCAACAGAGAUGGACCGGCACAAACUGGCCAGCGACCUGGAGGCUGGGAAGCCCCUCCCAUUCAUCUAUGGGGACCCACCACCUGAGCUUCUUUACACCCCGUUGGAGGAGCUGGAUCCAUAUUACCAAUCACAGAAGUCUCACCUGCAGACGUUCAUCGUGCUUAGUAAAUGGAACAUCAUUCACAGGUUCAAUGCUGAGUCGUCCUGUUACCUGCUGAGUCCAUUCAACCCCCUGAGGACAGUCGCCAUCAAGAUCCUGAUUCACUAUUUUUUCCGUAUGUUCAUCCUGCUGACGAUUCUGACCAACUGUGCAUUCAUGAUCAUGAGUGAUCCUCCAACAUGGACCAAGAACGUGGAAUGCGUGUUUGUGGCUAUCUACACUUUUGAUACCAUCAUAAAGAUCAUGUCCAGAGGCUUCUGUGUGGGAAAAUUCACCUUCCUCAGAGACCCUUGGAACUGGUUGGACAUCAUGAUCAUCAGCACGGCAUUUCUGGCUCAGUUUGUACAUUUUGGUAAAUUUUCUGUGUUGAUGAUGAUUCCUCGUGUCCUGAAGAUCAUCACAGUGAUCAGAGGUCUGAAGACGACUGUUGGAGCUCUCAUCCAAUCAGUGAAGAGACUCGCGGGUGUUUUCGUACUGAUGGCGUUCUGUCUCAGUGUCUUUGCUCUCAUUGGUCUGCAGCUCUUCAUGGGAUCUCUGAAGAAUAACUGUUUCCUGUCACCUAGAAACCUGACCAACAGCGCUAGUUUCAUCUCUGAUUACUACGACAACACAACUGGAAGUGAUCGGAACUUCACUGAUCACCCCUACUACCUGCCAGGUCGUGAUGAUGCUCUGCUCUGUGGAAACACCUCUGAUGCCGGGGUCUGUCCGGAGGGUUACGUCUGCAUGAAGAUGGGGAAGAACCCAAACUAUGGCUACACCAACUAUGACUCGAUUGGCUGGUCACUGCUGGCUCUGUUCAGAGUGAUGACUGGGGACUGGGAGGACCUGGCUCUGAUGACAUUACGAGCACAUGGUAAAAGGUCCCUGACCUUCUUCGUGCUUGUCGUCUUCCCUGGCUUUUUCUGCGUCCUGAGCCUCAUUCUGGUGGUGGUUGCCAUGGCAAUCAGUGAUCAGAAAGAGGCUGUUGUUGCUGAGGCCAGACAAAAAGAAGAAGAGUUCAAUCAGAUUGUGGAGUCUUUGAAGAGGAGAGAGGAAGAGGAACGGGCAGCCUGCAGGGUGGCACUCUCAGAGAAACAAGAUGGUGAAAACGAGAAGAGCCACGAGCAAACAAACACUGCAGCAGAAGACCACAGGUUGUGUUCUCCAUGUUGUUACAUCUUCGCCAACCACGUCCUGAAGUGGAAUUGUUGUGGCUGCUGGCGCUGUCUCAAACAUCGACUUUACUCCUUCGUCAUGAACCCGUUCUUCGACCUCGGGAUCAUCACCUGCCUCAUCAUCAACACCAUCUUCAUGGCCAUGGAGCAUUUUCCACUCACAGCAGAGUUUGAAUCGCACCUGAGUAGCGCUGCGCUGGUGUUCACAGCUAUCUUUGUGGCUGAGAUGGUCCUAAAACUUGUGGCCAUGGACCCAUACGGUUAUUUUCAGGUGAGCUGGCACAUCUUUGACUUCAUCUUAGUUGCCAUCAGUCUGCUGAACCUGUCUCUAGAGUCAAAUUUUCUACGCUUCCUCCUUGUGAUGCGAGUGCUAAGGUUGGCCAGGUGGUGGCCGAGCUUCCACCUGUUGUUAAAGGUCAUGUGGACCCCAGCGGUGGUAAAUCUGAUCCUGCUUCUGCUGAUUGUGGUCUUCAUCUUCACCAUAGCCGGCAUGCAUCUCUUCCAGAAGGACUACAAAGAGAACGUCUGUCAUAUCAUGAAGGACUGCCAGCUUCCUCGCUGGAAUAUGACCAAUUUCUUCAAUGCCUUCCUCAUCAUCUUCAGAGUCCUGUGUGGAGAGUGGAUUGAUGACCUGUUGGGUUGCAUGGAGGUCUCAGGUCAGAACAUGUGUCUGAUCUUCUUCGUGAUGGUCGUGUUUAUCGGAAACCUGCUGGUCUUGAAUCUGUUCCUGAACUUGUUGCUGAGCGCUUUUAUCAGUGACAGUCUGGUGGCUCCAAAUCAAGUGGAAAAGAACAACAUGCACAUUGCUAUAAGCUGGACCAAGACCUGGAUCCUGGAACAUUUGCUGGGAAAGAAGAAUCAUGUGAAGCCAGACCACACAGUCGGGAGUAUGGAAGACCACAGGAAGGACUACCUCACUUUGGACUUUGUGACCUCAGACCAGACAAUGUUAGAGGUCAAGGCUCUCAGUGGUAACCAUGACAACAGGUCCAGCAACUACCAUAACACGGAAUCCCGUGGGAAUCCCAUCACCACAGCCGAAAUCAAGAUGGAAGAAGAAAAAAAAUGUGACAUUGUGCAGACCUGUGGUGACGACGAUCAUAAAGGAAACACACCUGAGGACUGCUGCUGUGACCAGUGUUAUCGCUGCUGUCCCAUUCUGGACUCAUCCCGGGACAGUGGCAGGUUCUGGUCUAACUUCAGGAGAGUCUGUUUCACCAUCAUACAUCACAAUUACUUUGAGAUCUUCAUCAUCAUCAUCAUCCUGUUGAGCAGCAUAGUUCUGGUAUUUGAGGACAUUCACCUGCAGCAUCUGCACGUCUUAAAGGGAGUUGUGGAGACUGCAAACCAGGUUUUCACCUAUCUGUUCCUGCUGGAGAUGUUGCUCAAGUGGUUUGGCCUUGGACUAAAGAAAUACUUCACAAGCGCAUGGUGCUGGCUUGACUUCAUCAUCUUAGAUGUGUUUUUGGUCUCGCUGAUGGCGGACAUGUUAGGAUUCUCUGGACUUAGAGUUUUCCAGUUUCUGAGGACUUUGAGAGCUCUGGCACCCCUGAGGGCCCUGUCCCGCUUCGAAGGCUUGAGGGUGGUGGUGCAGGUUCUGGUCCAGACCAUCCCGGCUAUGUUUGACGGGCUGCUGGUCUUCCUGGUGGUGUGGUUGAUGUUCAGUGUCGUGGGAGUGAAUCUGUUUGCUGGAAAGUUUUUUUUCUGUUACAACAAGACGUCAGAGAAGCCGUUCCAGUAUGACAUUGUGAACAACAGGAGCCAAUGUUUGACUAUGAUGGAGGAGAAUUACACCGAGGUCAGCUGGGAAAAUGCCAAAUCAAACUACGACAAUGUGGGGAAUGGCUACCUGUCACUGCUUCAACUGACGGUAUCAGUGGACUGGGAUAACAUCCUGUACUCAGCAGUGGACUAUACAGGGGUGGAAAAUCAGCCAUCCUACCAGUCAAACCCAAACAUGAACUUGUUCUUUAUCAGUUUCUUCAUCAUCAGCUCCUUCUUCACCUUCAACUUCUUCAUCAGGGUCAUCAUCAGUGACCUGCAGAGACACAAAAGAGGUAAACAUCCCUUUAUGACAGAGGCACAGCAGAAAUAUUCCUGGUCCCUGAGGAAACUCUUCUCUAAGAAACCUAAUGAAGGUGUUCCUCGACCUCAGAAUAAGUUCCAGGCUUGGCUCUUCGACCUGGUGACCAGUUGGUGCUUUGAAGUCUUCAUGGUGGUAGUAAUCUGCCUCAACAUGGUGAUCCUGAUGGUGGAGACAGAGGAGCAGAGCGAGCAGAAAGAGGAAAUCCUGUUCUGGUUUCACUUCGUCAUUAUUGUCAUCUUUUUAAUUGAGUUCAUCUUGAAGAUCAUCACGCUCAGAAAGUUCUACUUUUCUGACUGCUAUAACAUCAUCGACUUCUUGGUCAUCUUUGUGUCCAUCAUAGGUUUGUUUAUUGAGGACCUCCUGUAUUACUACUUUGUCUCUCUUGCUGUCUUCUCUGUGUUCCGAUUGGUUCGUAUUGGUCGCGUCCUACAUCUCAUUCACUGUGCCAGGGGCAUCCGAAAGCUGUUUUUGUCCUUCAUGAUGUCACUUCCUGCUCUCUUCAACAUCAGCCUCCUCCUCUUCCUUAUCCUAUUCACUUUCUCCCUCUUUGGCAUGUUUAACUUUGCCUACGUGAAGAAAGAGCACAUGAUCGACGACAUGUUUAACUUCGAGACAUUCGGGAACAGCAUGAUCUGUUUGCUGAUGAUCAGCAUUUCAGCUGGAUUUCACAGUCCCAUCAUGAACACACCUCCAGACUGUGACCUGGACAUUGAGAACCCGGGACUGGCAGUCAGAGGGAACUGUGGCAACCCUUUGGUGGGCAUCAUCUUCUUCACCACCUUCAUUGUCCUGUCCUACCUGCUUGUGAUCCACCUGUACAUUGCAGUCAUCCUGCAGACCUUUAACUCAGAGGACACAGUGGAACUGUGUGAUAAUGAAGUCCAGAUGUUUUGUAAAACCUGGAGCAAGUUCGACCCUGACGCCUCACAGUUCAUACAGUACAGCAAACUGUCAGAUUUCUGCGAUGCUCUGCAGGAUCCCCUAAGGAUCCCCAAACCAAACACCAUCAAACUGAUCAACAUGGACCUACCUCUGUUUCCUGAAGACAAGAUUCACUGUGCCGACGUCCUGCUUGCCCUUGCCACACAGGGGUUGAAUGAUUCAAGAGACAUCUGUGAUCUCAAAGCCAAAAUGGAGGAAAGGUUCAAGGCCAACUUAUCCAAGGUGCCAUGUAAACCAAUCAGCAGCACCCUGCAGAGGAAACAGAAAGAGGUGGCAGCGACAGUGAUCCAGAGGGCAUACAGGAAAGGACGAGACACCACUGAGAUGGCGGUCCAGUCUGUGGACGGUCAUGGUGGUGUUUCAGAUGUUUCAGGCUCCUCCAAGCCAGAUGGUGCUUCAGAGUGAGCCACAAUUUCCUGCCACAUAAGAAACUUAUGUAUCUAUCACCUAAUGUGUUUGUCCUGUUUCUUUCUCCUUCCACCUGUGCACCCACCUGUGGUCUCACCUGUUAACUGUCAACUUUAGCAGAUGACAAACCACAGCACAGAUGAAACUUUCCAGUCUUAAGUUACUUUUUCAUUUCUUUGUUUUUUGCACGUGAAAUAAAAAAAAAUACUAAUAAGCGGGGCGGCGUUUAGCUCGGUCCUUGCUGCAGAAGCCCAGGGUUUGAAUCCGACCUGUGGCUCUUUCCUGCAUGUCAUUCCCUAUCUCCCUCUGUCCCCGCAUUCCUGUCACUCUUCAGCUGUCUCCGUCAAAUAAAGCUUGAAAAGGUAAAAAAAAAACAACAACUAAUAAGCUUGUUAAUAACCCUCAAAUUUGAAAAUAUCAUAACUUUCAUUUGACAAUAUAACUUUAUUUUGAAAAUAUAUAUAGCAUGUUUUAGCAUUAAAUAAGUAAUGUUAGCAUGUGUAGCUUUCCUUCUGUCCUUCCUUUAACUUCCUGUUCAUAGAAUUAAUUAGUUGUUAAUUAAAAAAAACUGUAAUUAAUUAAUUUUGUUUUGUUGUUAAAGACUUAAAAAAAGACAGGACAAACAUUUAACCACAGAACACUAUAUGU